AUGGACAAAUUGUUUAUUGGUAUACGAGCUGAAGAUAAAUCGUAUAUGGAAAGAAGAACACCUAUCCCUCCCCAUGAUUGCAAGUAUAUUAUGGAAAAAGUAAAUUAAUUCAAAAUUGUCAUAGCAUAAUCGAAUUUAAAUUGUUGUAUAGCCCUCAACUAAGAGAAUUUUCACAGAUGAACAAUAUUUAGAGGUGGGAUGCAUGGUUUAAGAAGAUCUAUCGAUCUGCAGAGCAAUCAUUUGUAUUAAAGAAAUCCCGCUAGAAAAAUAUAUUGAAGGAAUGACAUAUUUAAAUUGGUCUCAUACUUUAGAGGGUGAACCAUAUAAUAUGCCAGCCUUGGAUGUGAUGCUUUAGAAAAAUAUUAGGCAUUUAGAGUAUGAACGAAUUUAUGACGAUAACGUAAACAAAUAAUAUACUAAAAUAGGGUGUUAACAUAACUUCAUUCCCUUAUGCUGGAAUUGCAGGAAUAAUCACAUUCUUGA